AGUUCAGUAAUCCGGGAAAGUUUUCAUCUAUUUUGUAUUUGUAGCAUUUUGGCGGCAUGGCCGAGUGGUAAGGCAAGGACUGCAAAUCCUUUUUUCCCCAGUUCAAAUCCGGGUGGUGGAGAUGUUGCAUGGGUGAUUUAACUUAGCCAGCUGGCCCUCUAGGAAAAUUUAUAUACUCCCACUUUUUCUGAAAUGGGAGUACAACUCCUUCGCAUUCCACUUCAGAACUUACCAUUAUAAUAAAACACAUUUAUUCAUUUAGGGGCUAACUGGCUUUAACACAAAUGUAUCUUCAUAAAAGUUAUAAUAAAAAGGGUUGUAUUAUGGUACAAAAUGAUUCUCCUUCACUCCCAUGCAAAGUAUGUGUUCUACAGAGCCAUGGCCCGUGAGCCCAUGAUAAGGGCCAUAAAAAGUUACUAUUAUAGUUUCAUAAACUCUUUUUCUAUCUUCUUGUUUCUAAGGAGAUUUGGAGUCUAAAGUUGAUAGUCAUCUUCAGCAAAUGGAUUUUCCCCAAUUUAUUCCCACACAAGUGAUGUAUAAGAACCAACUACAAGAGUACACACAAAAACUUGCAAAACCACACCCCAUUUAUCAAACAGUUAAUGAAGGUUUUCCACAUGCCCCAAAGUUCAGAUCAACAGUCUUGGUUGAUGGAUCCAAAUAUGAAUCCGGGUCGACCCAUCUCACGAAGAUACAAGCUGAGCAGGCAGUAGCAAAAAUAGCUUAUGAAUGCAUUCAGAAAACAAUUGAUUCUAAAGAUUUUUCACUUAUUUACAGGGAACUCUUGUUGUGCAAAUCCAUUCUCUAUGAAUUUGCUGUCAAAAAGAAUAUGAAUAGGCCUAUAUAUAACACCAGAUAUGCAGAAGGGCCAAGUUCAGUUUACAUUUCCCACAUGGUUUUGGGAGGCAGAACUUACAAAGGUGAGGUAGCUGGAAGCAAGAAAAUGGCAGAGCAAUUAGCUGCUCGGGCCGCGAUUGAAUCACUCUUAGAAACUGAUGCAGGGACUCUUUCCCAAAUCAUUGUGUCAAAAAGUAAUUGUCAUCCUGGUGUACAAACCAGAAAGGAUACUGGCCCUGUUGAGAAAAUGUUGCCUAAAUGCUCUGGUAAUUUACAAGGCCAAAAAGCAAGCAUUGAGAGAACAGUUGUUUGCUUCAAAACUGAUGGCACAGUUGGUAAUCCUGGAAGCAGACCAAAGCGUGAAGCAGAAACUAACAACUGGGGAAGGAACAAAAUGAGAAGAUUUGGCAACUGAUAUUUGGACUUUAUGUCCGUCUUAAUAUCUAGGUAGAAUAUACU